CAAGGUUCAAGAGCACCCCUCGUUAUCCCUUCGGCUUACGCCCAUUUUGGAGUCAUGGCCCGACCUGUGCUCUUGCCAGUGGUUGGUGUGGUGGCCGCCAUCUACGCGGCCAGCGUGGCCUUCGUUGGUGCACCCCAGGGCGCCCCUCGCGUGAGCCGAGUGCCAGCUCGCGUGAGCGCGGAGUACCUUGAACGUUUGGGACCCAAGGACUCGGAUGUGCCAUUUGAUGCCGGCCAGGCCACUGGCCCUGGAGCGUCUGUGGAGUUCAAGAAGCGCCCUUCCGGCAUCUUGCGAUACCAGCCAGGCCAGGGUGGCAAGGGUGCUAUGGCCAUGGAGAUCAUCCCAAAGUCUCGCUAUCCUGGUGACCCUCAGGGCCAGGCCUUUGCUUCCGGUGUGCAAAGUGGUUGGGUGGUGGCCUCCAUCAACGGCCAGAACAUGCUGACUGAGGACUUCGGCAAGAUCAUGGACUUGUUGGAUGAUGAGGUGGCUGACCCACGUUUCUCAAAGUCGACUGCUUUGGCACUGGAGAAGCAGGGAGGACGACUUGCAGAGCCUGCUGCAGCACCACUUGCGGUCCAGUUCAACUCCAUCCCAGGCUACGUCUACAAGGGCGCUGAAAUGAAGGAGGAUGGCCAGGACGGCUUUGCUCGCUGAGCCACUGAGCCGUCACCAUUAAAUCAGGCCUGAGGGGCAUAUCAUAUCUGUUUUCUAUUUUUCGGACGCCUGAAGCUUUCACUUCGGCAAAGCUUUUGAAUGUGAAGCCACUACGGCAUGAGACCGAACUCUCUUGAAAGCAAUCUUGG